CCUCCUCCCUGUGCAAAGCUCCUCCUGCAGAAAUAUAUAAACUGACUUGUGUCAGCGAGGGCCAGAGAGAGUGUGAAUUGCAGGCAUCGGACAAGUGAAUCCCGGAUCAAACAUGCCCAAGUGUCCCAAGUGUGCUAAAGAGGUGUACUUUGCUGAAAAAGUGACAUCGCUGGGAAAGGACUGGCACAGAUCCUGCUUGAGGUGUGAAAGAUGCAAGAAAACCUUGACACCUGGCUCUUUCUCUGACCAUGAUGGAAAGCCUUACUGUAACAACCCAUGCUAUGGUGCUCUCUUUGGGCCAAAAGGCUUUGGACGUGGUGGUAAUGAAAGCCACGCAUAUAAGUAAACACAAGGUUUUGAGUUUGCAGUGACUGACAACAAGAAGUUGGAGAGGCCACAAGAUUGGAAAGCAAAAGCAGAGAAAAGCCUGUUUAUGAAUUACCAGCCCAGUAUAAAUGGUUCCUACAAUCUGGCAUUGUGUUUGUACACUGGUGUACAAUCCAGCCUUCUCAAAAUCCACUUCAAGGUUUGAGAAUGUUUGUUUGUACAGAGUGAACAACCUGCCCCGAUAUAUACAAAUAAUUCCUUUAAAGCUAGCAACAGCCACUGAUGAUGACUCUUGGAGGUUGAAUUUCCAUGUAGGGGAGAGUGGGAGGGGGAGGGUAAUUCCACUCAUCUCCCAAAGAGCCAGGACAAGGCAGGGUUAUGUGUUAUGUCAGUGGAAAUUUGUCUCUCCUUGAUCUUCAGGAGUUAUCUCUGCGUAUCCUGAUAUCAUUGUGGAAACUUGAGAUGAUGAAAACACUUGUUUCAAAGUCAGGCUGUAACCAAUUUAUCAUUUCUUUGCAUACAAAAAAUAAAGUAUGUCGUAAAUGUUA